AUGUGGGAUCUUAUCUCUCCUCUACUUAACCAAUUUGACAAUGCCCCGGAUAUUAUUUUUAAUUUAUUGCAAAAGCUGUCAGCAGCCCAAAUUGAGAUCAUUGUCACAAUAAUACGGAGCAUCUGGAAAGCUAGAAAUCUCAAGUUAUGCCAGCAAGUGACUGAUUCGAACAUUACCAUUCUGGAAAGAGCAAGGCAUCUGCUUGAAGGGUGGAGGACUGCAAAUCGUAAGCAAGGUCAUCUUAACCCAACAGCCUCAGACUCCAGUCCGAGUUCUUCAAAUGUUAUUAUCAAUGCCAAUCCUAGAUGGAAGAAACCUUUAAGAGGUAGAUACAAGUGUAACAUUGAUGCUUCCUUUCCCACCACAACAAACAAGGUAGGAUUCGGUAUGUGCAUUCGAGACUCGGAUGGGAACCAUGUCCGCUCUAAAAUCAUGUGUUACACUCCUUCCUGCUCUGUCGAUGUAGGAGAGGCCCUGGCUUUAAAUCAUGCGAUUCGGUGGAUACAUGAACUUCAACUCUCAAAUGUUGAUUUCGAGGUUGACUCAAAAAGAGUAGCUGAUUAUUUCAACAAAGGUCGUGGAGAUGUCACCGAGUUUGGCUCCAUUAUGGAUAGUAGUUCAAGCUUCUGUAAUGGUUAUUUAACAAACUCUCAUGUCGAGUUUAUUAGGAGGCAAGCAAAUGAGGCUUAA